GAAAAUUUGACAGAUUUUUUUAGAGUCAUGGAAGUUUGUGUUGAUUCUGUACAAUCUGCAAUCAAUGCGCAGCGAGGAGGAGCAACCAGGGUUGAGCUUUGUUCAAAUCUAUUUGAGGGAGGAACAACACCAAGCAUUGGUAUUUUAAAGGUGAUGAAGUUGAAGGUCAGCAUUCCAGUGUAUGUGAUGAUCCGUCCCAGGGGCGGAGAUUUCUGCUACUCCGAGGUAGAGUUUACCUGCAUGAGUGAGAAUCUCAGUGAACUAAAGAAGGCAGGAGCAGAUGGAUUUGUGUUUGGCAUCCUUAAUGAAGAUGGAACUGUUAAUGAGAACCUGUGUCGGUUACUAAUAGAGCUUGCAAAGCCACUGCCUUGUACAUUUCACAGAGCUAUUGAUGUAACAAGGGACAUAAAUACAGCGCUUGAGACUAUUAUCUCCCUUGGAUUUGGUAGAGUUCUCACAAGCGGAGGAGAGUCGUCUGCUCUUGAAGGCCUGCCAAUAAUUACUGAGAUGGUGAAACAGGCGAGGGGCAGAAUAUCUAUCAUGCCAGGGGGCGGUAUCACAGAGCGUAACCUGCAUCGUAUUCUCGAGGGCAGUGGAGCGAAAGAGUUCCACGGAUCCGCCAGGUCAAGCCAAGAAUCCUGCAUGCUCUACCGAAAACCGGGUGUUCCCAUGGGAGCGGCCUUGACCCCUCCAGAGUUUAAUGUCAAGGUCACCAAUGUUGAAAAGGUCAAUUCAUUCCUGGACAUUGCUAAGAAUGUGUGGAAGAGUUAGCAUACACAUGUAUGCUAUAAUGAAGAAUUCAAUAUAUAUUUAUAUGUCCACUGGUAAUUACGGUAAGGAUGUGCUAUGACAAACACUAUUAGUAUAUUACAAUUUCUGUUUUUUUACUGCCAUUUUGGACCAAAAUUGAAAAAAAAACACAAUUUUUGGAACGCUUUUUUUGCCAUUUUCUGUAACUGCAAUCGGUCCGGCAAAGUCAAAAUUGGUCCAGAUCGGCAAAUUGUCAGUUUUUAGAAGCCCUGAUAUAUAUAAAUAUAUAUUUGAGUCAUGAUAAGCUUCUUUGUGAUUGGUCAAGAACAUAUGAUAUCUUAACUUAAAGCCUAAAUAAGAAAACUUUGUCUCAGGAGACUUUAAUUAUAUAUGUGGCUUAUACAAAUAUUUUAAUCACUACAAAAGACUUAAAUUGUCUCAUUUAGACCUUAUAUAAACCAUUUUAUCAUCAAUUUUAUGAAUAGUAACUUGUACAUGUAUUUUACUUAUUCACUUUAAGUUUUCUUAGUUCUAUAUUAAAUACAAAGAAAUAAGGAAGUAUUUGAAUAACAUAAGGAAAAUGAAUGUAUGUGAAAGUAGGAAUGCAUGUCCUUCAUGCAUUGUUAUGAAUUCAAAACAUCCUGUUAUACAGUAGUAAUUGCCAUAUCUGAUUUCAUGAACAAUUUUGUCUUUUUUUGAUGUUGAUAAUAUAUAUUCAUGCUCUUAUGGCAUGUUAAUAAUUUAUAAAUAUUAUAUGUAUAUUUGAUCUUUACAUGCAUACUAUUACUGGCUCAUUCUAUGUAAAUUUUGUAUUUUGAGUGAUGGCGGCUGUGCACUAUUUUGCAAACAAAGUGCAAUAAUAGACAUACAUUUCUUUGAACUCGAACUCUUGUUGUUUUUUAUACCUUACCUUAAUGGCUAGUUGCAUUUUGACAAAAUUUUACCAAAUUGCGCACUUUUGGUUAAAUUAUAAAAAUUUGCCAGUUGACACUUUCAUAUCCAUGGUAAGAUUGAUAAAAGCUCAGGACCCACCUAAAUUUCGUCCAAAAUGGCCGCCAAAAGCCAAGAUGGCCGCCAUCACACUUAAAUUUAUAAAGAGGAACUGUCAUCAAUGAAUAAGUUGUUUUCAGUGUAAGAUCACAAUAUAUUUCGCCCCAUGGACACCAUAAGUAUGAAACAAUCGAGAAUAGGUGCAGUUAAAAUGUUUUCAGACAGGAUGACUUUUUUUUGGAAAUACACCCAUAUCUUGAUCACUGCCUUAAGUUACUGCAACAUAAAAUUGCUUAGUGAAUAAGUGCAGUUAAAAUGUUUUCUAGCAGGAUGACUUUUUUUCGAAAGACGUCGAUAUUUUUAUAAUUUGCCUUAAAUUUCUGCAACAUGAUAUCGCUUUUUGAAUACGUGCGCUUAACAUGUUUUCUAACAGGAUGACAUUUUUUGAAAGAUGACAAUAUCUUUUAUUAUUUGCCUUAAAUAACUGCAACAUAAUAUCGCUUAGUGGAAAAGAGUUUUACUAAAUACGGAUCUUGAUGUAAAAAAAGUAAAUUAUAUUAGCUUCAGCAUUAUGUCUAAUGUUCUUUUCAACAUAAACUAAUGGCAUUUUAUUAAAAAAAAACACAAUGGUAUCAAUUACCAUAUCAGAAUGCCUCCAAAAAUUACCCGGAUUCAAAAUUUGCCCACGCAGCAUUAAAGCACAACAUUUCUUAAUGAAAAGAUGAUAUAACAGUUUCAUUAUGUUCUUCAUACUGACAUAAGCAAGGUCACAAACAUUUGAAUGGCAAAAUGCAAGUAUGACCAAUAUCGAAAGCGCUCGUUUUACUUAUAAUUUCGUUAUAAUGAAAUAAUAAUAGAAUCACUGAACAGUUUUAAUCAUUUUUCAUAUCUUUUCCUAUAUUAAAAGUCAAGCCAACCAUACAAUGUCCCUACUUUACGGCAUCCAGUGUAAAACAAGCUACAUGUACAUAUACAAUAUGUUUGUGAGUUUCACGUAAGCCCAUUCAGCCAGAAGUAUCAACUUUUAAGUCCAUCAUGUGCUUUUCCAACCUUAUGUGUUAAUAUUCUAGUACAAAACAAACCAAUAAACAUUUCCCCAAGUCGAAACAAUAUUUAGAAAGCCAAAACGUGUUUCUAUAAGUCUACCAGGUGCCUCAGAUCCCAUUAGGGCGCAAUUUAAAAUUGUCUCUUGUGGACACAAUAGUUUACCAACAGCCCACUGUAUCCUAAUUAGGGUUAGAGUCAAGCCCACAUAUUACCAAACAAGCCCCAAAUGGGCUUAUACAAGUCAAGCCAGAGCUCAUUCAACCUCACUAUGGCUACAACCCAU